AAGCAAACUAAUACUCAUUGGUUUCUUUAAUUGCCUUUGGUACCUACAUACUGGUAAUAAUACAAGUGCAUUAAUUAAGUCAAAUAACUCAAUACAGCAAUAUAUAGUGAAUGAUCAUCGACUUUAAAUAAUUCUACGUUUCAAUGUCCUUUGAUAGGAAAUAUGUCCACUAACGUCUCUUCAUAACUUGAAUUGAUUCUACAUAGAAGGGGUUUUCCGUUUUUUAUUGAAUUGGAUAAGUGAUACAACAAAUAUUAUUUGUUUGAAUUAGAAGAAUACAUCAUUUCGGUUGCUAUAAAUAUGUGCACAAAAUAAAUUCGCUCAUAAGUCGUAAGUGCUGUUUUUGCUUCACACUUCAGCAAAAGUCAGGAUGUUCAAGCGACUUUUGAAGAUUGCGUUCGUCCUAUUGAUAACAUUAUGGAGUGUCAAUGCCGCUCCCAGGCCGGAACCAAUACCAGGAUGGGGUAAAGGUGGAGGGUUUGGUGGCGGAUUUGGCGGCGGUGGUGGUAGAGGAGGAGGUUUUGGAGGAGGAGGUGGUGGAGGUGGAGGAUUUGGAGGUGGCGGAGGUUUCGGUGGUGGUGGUGGUGGUGGAUUUGGUAGAGGAGGUGGGGGAGGGUUUGGAGGUGGAUUUGGAGACGGCAGAUGGGGACGAUGA